GAUAAUAUGUUAUUAAUUUACACCACACGUAAAUUGGAAGGCAGUUUACAGAAAAUUCAUGCGCGUAGCUUCGUUGAGUGAACAACCAUACUCGCGAACAUUCGUGACAAAGAUUUCUGACGCAUGCGUAUACGGAGUACGUGAGCACAACAUUAGCUCAUGGGGAUUAGCAUGAUAGAGUAAUCGACGCAUGCGUAGUACGCGAAAACGCAGGUGUUAACUGUGCAGAUGACGUCACGUCUGCAAACCACAUUCCGAUGGUGGUUGAGAGGCGGAAAACUUGUUUCGAAGGAGGGUGCGGGUUAAGAGGGGAGUAGUUGGUAAGCGGAGAGCGUUGUCUCAUUCUGUUUUAGAACGUUGCGUGAAGUGGACGAUAAUAUUUUAAAAAGAAUGGUUGGUAAAGAUGUAAGGAAGCCGGCAGUGCCGAAGUCCCGUUUCGGGAAGUUUAGGGCGGGUGCUUUUGAAAUAGUUGGAGUCGUCACCACUAUGGCGACGUUAUCGGUUGCCUCAACCAUAACGAGUAUGGCAGCGGGUAGGAAGAAGCUGGGGAUCCGGCGGAAUAGUGUGGCGAAGACGUCUCCGACGUGGAGCGGUUCGGGGACGAGGCCCACCAUAAGCACGGUGACCCCAGCAGAAACGCUGCCUCCACCGACGACGACGGCUCCAACAUUGGCACAAGGGGACCAGUUGAUGGGAAAAGGUACAUGUGCCACAGAUGUGACGAUGCCUCCGUGGUGUAUAUCACCUGUAUCACCUCUGCCCGACACCCCCAUGACGCUUUCGCAGGAGAUGGAGCGUUUAGAAGGCGUCAUGGUAAGUGCUCAUCAUGUGCGAGAAAAGAUGGAGGCACUGACGUCAGCUUGGGAGAGGAAGCGCGAUGCUCGCGGUAACGUGAGCACAGAGCUUGCCCAAGUGCGAAAGUGCAGGACCAUUUUAGAAGACGAGAUUGCUCGUCUUCAAAGAGAAAUCCUGCAGCUAUCGGAGAAAGAGACGCAACUAGUGGAAGAAGAAGACAGGUUGCGUCUCGAAGAAGACGUCCUAGGGCAUGAGGUGGAAACGAAGCGCCCGAGGUAUGAGCGGCUCUGUGUGGGUGCGCAGAAGCUGGCGCAGCAGUUGCGCAUGUACCCAAAGAUCCGGCGAAAAAGUGUGUGUGAAUGGUUAAGUGUAAUUGUAGUAAGUAUGUAG